AUGGUACAGCGGUACACGAAGCUAGAACCGGCCCUCAACUCUCUGGGCCAUGAAGUUCUUGACGAUUUUGAGGGGGUCACCAAGACUCUACAGCGCUCUACCCAGACACUCUCUGGGGUUCGUCGACUUUUCGACCUGGUGUGUCAACGGUACCCCCAGCUGAAGCCUCGCCUGUCCCCAACGGCUACCAUCGUCAACUACGUGGCGCUGGAGACAGGGUUGGUCAAACUUCAGAGGAAGGGGCAGCUCUCUGCUGGAGAGCGCGUUGCAUGCGCUGAUUUCCGGCGCACUGGUCGAGACGUGACGGAGGAGAUGUCUUCAACGCAGGCUGCACAGCUGUCGCUUGUUCAACAGGCCUUUAAGAAACGCAAAGUCUCGAAGCGCUCCUUGUAUGACGACGUGGCGUUCAUACCGCCCACCUCGAACGAGUGUGAAAGGUUCUUUUCGUCGGUGAAGCUCGUGUACCCCGACCUCCGGAGUGCUUCUAAGCUUGAGGUACUAAUGUUUCUUAUGUACAACCGCGAUUUGUGGGAUGUGUACACAGUUGAGUCGGUUAGACUGUAA